AUGUCUUUCAACUUUUCAAAUUUGACUAAAGAUCUUAAAUCAAUUGGAGAUAGAAUCACAAAUGAAUUUAAUAAAGAAGUGGUUCCAUUAGCUCAAAGAACCCAAAGAAUGGUUCAAGAAAAAAUUGGUCAAGUUAAUAAAGAUGAUAUUAGUCAAUUACCAUCUGAAUAUAUUGAUCUUGCGAAUAGAUGUAAUAAUAUUGAAAAAUUAUAUAAAAAUGUACUUAAAAUCACUUCAUUAUAUGAGAAAGAAGACUAUGAUUAUCCUGGAAAUUUACAAGAGUCAGUGAAUGAAAUUAGUAAGAAUAUUACUACCAGGGUAUCAAAUUUAUCAAAAGCUACUACAACUGCUGAAGCACAAGCUGCAUUGAUCAAUCCAAUUACUGGAGAAUUUAAACCUCCAAGAACAUUCUAUCACGGUUUAUCCAGAGCCACAGAUGCUUCAAUAUUAACUACAGGUAAUGGUCAACAAGAUCCAUUAAUUAAAGGUUUGGACCUUUAUUCAUCAAAUUUAAAUAAAAUUGCAAAUGCAAGAUUAGGACAAGAUCAAUUAAUCAAAUCAAAAUUCAACAAACCAUUAACUACAACAUUAAGAUCAUUAAUUUCACAAUCAAAUAAUAUUCAAAAGAAAGUUGAACAAAAGAGAAUAGAUUAUGAUUUAUCAAGAUCAAAUUUAACCAACAAUACCAAUCCAAAUAAAGAACCACAAUUAAGAGUAGAUAUGGAAAAUGCAGAAGAUGAAUUUGCGAAUACUGUUGAAGAUGCAAUUAAUAUUAUGCAAAAUGUUUUGCAAAAUGCAAACCCAUUACAAGAAUUUUUAGAAUUAAUUAAUGCUCAAUUAGCUUAUCACAAAUUAGCAUAUGAAUUAUUAAACGGUAUGGUUGGUGAAUUUGAAUCAUUAAUUGAGGAAAAUAAACCUGAAGAAACUAAUCAUAGAGAAUCUGGUGAUUUUGAUAUUUAG